UAUAUUGAGAGUAAAAGAUGGGGAUUAAUAGAUUAAAAUAUGGAGAAUCUCAACAGAAAAUUGGAAUCAAUUUAAAAAAAUCAAAUACAGAUAAAUGAAAAAUAAGAAAACUGAUCCCCAGCAGACCUUAGGGAAUACUAGAAGAAAUUUUUUUAGGCUGAAGUAAAAUGGCCCAACAUAGAACAGAGCUGGGCUCUCGGUCCCAUAUUGAACUCGAGUUGGAAGAGGCGAGUCCGGUCUCAAAACGGAGGUAAAACCGCCGCCCGGUCGCCCCCAGCCCGACUCCGGCCGCCGCCGCCGCCGCCACCGCCGCCGGGGGGAGGAGGGCCAUGAUCCAAGGGAACCAGAACAGUUGAGAAAACUGUUUAUUGGUGGUCUGAGCUUUGAAACUACAGACGAUAGCUUAAGAGAACAUUUUGAGAAAUGGGGCACACUUACAGAUUGUGUGGUGAUGAGAGACCCCCAAACAAACCGUUCCAGGGGCUUUGGUUUUGUGACUUACUCUUGGGUUGAAGAGGUGGAUGCAGCAAUGUGUGCUCGACCACACAAGGUUGAUGGGCGUGUAGUGGAACCAAAGAGAGCUGUUUCUAGAGAGGAUUCUGUAAAGCCUGGUGCCCAUCUCACAGUGAAGAAAAUUUUUGUUGGUGGUAUUAAAGAAGAUACAGAAGAAUGUAAUUUGAGAGACUACUUUGAAAAGUAUGGCAAGAUUGAAACCAUAGAAGUUAUGGAAGACAGGCAGAGUGGAAAAAAGAGAGGAUUUGCUUUUGUAACUUUUGAUGAUCAUGAUACCAUUGAUAAAAUUGUUGUUCAGAAAUACCACACUAUUAAUGGGCAUCAUUGUGAAGUGAAAAAGGCCCUUUCUAAACAAGAAAUGCAAUCUGCUGGAUCACAGAGAGGUCGUGGAGGUGGAUCUGGCAACUUUAUGGGUCGUGGAGGAAACUUUGGAGGUGGUGGAGGUAACUUUGGCCGUGGUGGAAACUUUGGUGGAAGAGGAGGCUAUGGUGGUGGAGGUGGUGGCAGCAGAGGUAGUUAUGGAGGAGGUGAUGGUGGAUAUAACGGAUUUGGAGGCGACGGUGGUAACUAUGGUGGUGGUCCUGGUUACAGUAGUAGAGGAGGCUAUGGUGGUGGUGGACCAGGAUAUGGAAACCAAGAUGGUGGAUAUGGUGGCGGUGGUGGAGGAUAUGAUGGUUACAAUGAAGGAGGAAAUUUUGGAGGUAACUAUGGUGGUGGUGGGAGCUAUAAUGAUUUUGGAAAUUAUAGUGGCCAACAGCAAUCAAAUUAUGGACCCAUGAAGGGAGGCAGUUUUGGUGGAAGAAGCUCGGGAAGUCCCUAUGGUGGUGGUUAUGGAUCUGGUGGUGGAAGUGGUGGCUAUGGUAGCAGAAGGUUCUCAAAACUCAGAAGAAAAGGGCUACAGUUCUUUGCAGGAGAGAGAGCGAGGAGUUGUCAGGAAAGCUGCAGGUUACUUUGAGACAGUCGUCCCAAAUGCAUUAGAGGAACUGUAAAAAUCUGCCACAGAAGGAACGAUGAUCCAUAGUCAGAAAAGUUACUGCAGCUUAAACAGGAAACCUUUCUUGUUCAGGACUGUCCUAGCCACAGUUUGCAAAAAGUGCAGCUAUUGAUUAAUGCAAUGUAGUGUCAAUUAGAUGUACAUUCCUGAGGUCUUUUAUCUGUUGUAGCUUUGUCUUUUUCUUUUCAUUACAUCAGGUAUAUUGCCCUGUAAAUUGUGGUAGUGGUACCAGGAAUAAAAAAUUAAGGAAUUUUUAACUUUUCAAUAUUUGUGUAGUUCAGUUUUUCUACAUUUUAGUACAGAAACUCUAACAAAAUGCAGUUUUGAAGGUGUUUCCUUGUGA